AUGGGCAGGGCAAGAAGGGGAACGGCGGCCAAGGGCAAGAGGAGGCCGCGUGCUGCGGCGAAGGCGGCAGCCGUGGCGGGCGACGGACACGAGGAAACCAAAGAUGGACCUGAGAAAGCCGCCGGCGGCGGGGGUGGCUUCUUCUGCUGCUACCUCCUCCGGUCGCUCUGCCCGCGCAGCAAGAGCCGCACCUACAUCGGGUUCACGGUGAACCCGCGGCGGCGGAUCCGGCAGCACAACGGCGAGCUCCGAUGUGGCGCCUGGCGGACCAAGCGCGGCCGCCCCUGGGAGAUGAUGCUCUGCAUCUACGGCUUCCCCACCAACGUCGCCGCCCUCCAGUUCGAGUGGGCGUGGCAGCACCCUACCGAGUCGCUGGCCGUUCGCAAGGCCGCCGCCGAAUUCAAGUCGCUCGGCGGCAUCGGCAACAAGGUCAAGCUCGCCUACACCAUGCUCAACCUCCCUUCAUGGGAGAACUUGAAUCUCACGGUGAACUUCUUCUCCACCAAGAAUACCAAGUUCACCGCAGGCUGCCCGCCCCUCCCCUGCCACAUGAAGACUGUCGUUAGCCCGAUGGAGGAUCUCCCGUGCUACGUCGAGGGCCUUUCGUCCGAGGAUGAUAUUAUGGAGCCUAGAGAGGAUGAAGAAGAACGAGAUGCGGCUGUUGGCGGUGACACUUCUGAUCAUGGUUUGCAGACAAUGGAUUUGGGAACCGGAAUUGUAGGCGGUGAAUCAGACACUGAUGAGUUUUUUGCUCCAAUGGAUCGGAGUGAGGUCUUUGCAUCAACAAUUUCAGAAUCCUCUGCAGCCCGGCCAGAGGAAGAAGAAACCAGAAGUGCUGACUGUGAUGUUGAAUAUACCAUUGAUGACUUCGGUGAAUCAGACACUGAUGAGUUUUUUGCUCCGAUGGAACGGAGUGAGGUCUGUGGAUCAAGAAUUUCAGAAUCCUCUGGGGCCCAACCAGUGGAAGAAGAAACCAGAAUUGCUGACUCUGAUGUUGAAUGUUAUCCCACUGAUGACUUCAGUUACAUGGAAUGGGGCGGAAUUCACGAGACAUCGGAAUUGCACGUGUCUAGAACACCACCUCGAUGUUCCUCGAGCUCGUGCAGCGAUGAUGUUGCCGGAAGAUCAGUAAACUGUGUGACAGGGGAAGCAUCUCCAGUGUUGAAGGCAGGUUCAGACGAUGGUAAUCUUUUCUUCCAUGAAAUUGAUGUGGUAGACUUGGUUACACCAGUCGCCCGGUAUGCUAGAGAUUGCAGCAAAGUGGCCAGCAUUUGCCCCAAGAUUAUUGAUCUGACAAAUUCCCCUAUUGUCAUUGAGUUGUAA